CCAUCACGGCCCUGCUGAUCGUUGUGACAAUGACCGUGAUGCUAAUGGGCUGCGGGCACCGCUUGGGUGAUGGUGGCAUUAUUGUGACAGCGUACAGUGCACCACCUUCCCAACCAGCUGCUGCCUCCUCGCCGACAGUUGCGGCGGCUUAUUCAUCGAGUGUGAGAUUCUCCGGGAGGGAUUGGAACACGCGGACGUCCACCGGGGUAGAGGAGCCUGGACCUAAUCACUGGGACGGAAGUCUGGCCACUGUCGAUGAGCAAGGAAAACUACACCUGAAGAUCUCCAACAACAAGGAGGGAGGGUGGUCAUGCGCCGAGGUUUUCCUGCCGUCUUCUCUGGGGUACGGCACGUACACGGUGAGGGUGUCAUCGCCCACGAAUGAUCUGCACGAAAACGUGGUGUUUGGGCUUUUCACCUACGCCGACGUCGCCCAAAGCGAGCUGUCCAACCCGCAUCGCGAGUUCGACGUGGAGGUCGCCAAGUGGGGAGUGGCCAGCGACAGCACCAACACGCAGUACGCCGUCCAGCCGUACCAACUGCCGGGUCAACGCCUCCGCUUCACCGUCCCGGGACCGGAAGCCACUGUCCAUGCCAUGACUUGGUCGCCCAACGGGCUGUCCUGGACCAGCACCUCCGCCUCGUCGGGUGCGCUCCUUCAGUCCUGGUCGUUCAAGAGCACGACAGAAGUGGGCGCCGUGCCACCACCCGGCACCGAGGUCUUCCACAUCAACCUGUGGCUGUACGAAGCCAGCCUGCCUGAAGACCAUGCCGACGUUGAGAUUGUCGUCAAUUCCUUCUCCUUCCAACCACUGAAGACGCCGUCUCGAAAACUUCUUUCACUCCAACACCAUCGCCAUCGCUCAGCCGCACCAUGAUCCACGGUCGUCCUGACGGGUGGUGUUAAGUUAUUAUGUACUGAUCUAUUUAUUUAAAUGGUUUUGAACUUUUGGUU